AUGCACCCCAGGAAGGAGUCAGUGCCCCAGAAGAAUGAGCUUCACUCCUGGGCCCCAUCCAGCAUUUUUGCUGCCUUCAAUGUUAUGCUGUUGAUCACCAUCAGUGGUCUGUUCUUCUCCUUUCCAUGGCUUGCUCAGCAUGGUGACUGGGUGUCUCCUUCUAUCAACGGGUUUCUCUUUGUUCUCACUUUGGUCAGUCUUAUUUUUCUCAAUUUCUCUGACCCUGGCAUCCUCCACAGAGGCUCUGAGUGGCAGUGUCCACUGGCCAUCAAGGUGGUGUGGGUGAACAGGAGAGCCUUCCGCCUACAAUGGUGCCAGAGGUGUCGCUAUCACCGUCCUCCCCGAACCUACCACUGUCCCAGGUGCAACAUCUGUGUGGAGGAUUUUGAUCACCAUUGCAAGUGGGUCAACAACUGCAUCGGCCAAAGAAACUUCCGAUGUUUCUUGCUUCUGGUGGUCUCACUCUGCCUCUACACAGGAUCCCUGCUUUGUUCCUGCUUGAUCUUCUUGAUCCGGACUUCUCAACAGCCCUUCUCCAUAGAUAAGGCCUUUGCUGUUGUGGCAGCCAUCCCAGCCACUGCCUUCCUGCUCCCACUGCUGCUGCUCCUGGGGACGCAAGCUCUGUCUGUGAGCUCCGCUGAGCGCUCUUAUGAGGGCAAGUGCCAUUACCUGCAGGGUUAUAAUCCCUUUGACCUGGGCUGUGUCAGGAACUGGUAUUUAGCCCUUUGUGCACCACUGGGACCUAAGUAUAUGGCAGAUGCCAUCCAGCUGCAGAGGGUGGUGGAGCCAGACAGGACCCAAAAACCCAGAUUGUGUGCUUCUCACUGGCACUCUUGUCCCUUCCCUGUACCUUACUGCCACGCAACCAAUGUGUCUUGCCCCUAUUCUGUCCCUGUGCCCAGCAUCCACUCUACUGGUGGUGUGCCAGGUCCCCGCCCCACCAACAUGCCAGGCCCUCACCCUGCCAAUGUGCCAGGCUCUCACUCUGUUCCUGUUGCCCCUCCACUCUUCCAUAUGAAACUGUGGAGGUCAGGGAGAGGCUCAUUGGGGGGUGGGGAAGCAGCUUCUCUGCAAAAGCUGCAGGGUGUGGAUGUUCUUACUCAAGUAGGAGAGAGCCAGAGACUUUUGAGAAGCCUCCCAUCCCCUGGAGCCAACCCUUGCCAAGGAGCUCCGCUAUGCCAAGACCACCCUUCCCAGGGCUCUCUCCCUUGA